GAGUGAAAGCUAAAAUGGUAUCUAAGUUAAAUUCAGAUGAAAAAUGAGGGAAGCGAACAAGAAGCACUUGUAAGAAUUAUAGCUAGACAUAUUCUUCUUCAAUGUGUACCUUGCUGCUAAGUUUCAUAUUAUUGGGAGGAAUUGUUUCUUACACAACUCAUGCCAUACAAUUUCCACCAAAUGCUUCAUUUCCAGCAGUGUUUGCUUUUGGAGAUUCAAUCAUGGAUACAGGUAACAACAAUAAUAACAUGAAAACACUUGCUAAGUGCAAUUUUCCUCCAUAUGGAAAAGAUUUCAAAGGAGGCAUCCCAACCGGUCGGUUUUGCAAUGGAAAAGUUCCAUCAGACUUUCUAGUUGAAGUAUUAGGUGUUAAAGAACUUCUUCCUGCAUAUUUGGAUCCAAAUAUCCAACCUAGCGAUCUCAUCACCGGUGUUUGCUUUGCAUCCGGUGGUGCCGGAUAUGAUCCUCUCACGUCUCAAAUAGCGGCAGUUAUAUCGUUGUCCGAUCAACUAGAAUUGUUCAAAGAAUACAUAGGAAAGCUAAAAGGACUUGUUGGAGAGGAUAGAGCAAACUUCAUCAUAGAAAAUAGUAUGUAUUUUGUUGUUCAAGGAAGCAACGACAUUUCCAAUACGUAUUUUUUUACUCAUGUUCGAGAAGUACAAUACGACGUUCCCGCUUACGCUGAUCUCAUGCUCAACGCCGCUACAAAUUUCUUAACGGAAAUAUAUAAACUUGGUGCAAGAAAGAUAGGAGUUUUCAGUGCUCCACCAAUUGGAUGUGUGCCUUUUCAAAGAACACUUGCUGGAGGAAUUGAGAGAAAAUGUGCUGAAAAAAUCAAUGAUUUAUGCAAGUUAUUUAACACUAAAUUAUCAAAGGAGUUGAGUUCUCUUAACCACAACUUGAUUAAUUCAAGGAUCGUUUACCUUGAUGUUUAUACACCUCUUCUUGACAUCAUUGUAAACUAUCAAAAUUAUGGUUAUAAAGUUGGAGACAAAGGAUGUUGUGGCACAGGUGAAGUAGAGGCAUCAGUGUUAUGCAAUCAAUUGUCUACUACGUGUGAAAAUGCUAAUGACUAUGUUUUUUGGGACAGUUUUCAUCCCACAGAGACCGUCCAUAUGAAGCUUGUAGAUUCACUUAAUCGAAAAUAUUCGCACCUAUUUCUCUAGAUUUUUUGUUUUUAGUUAGUUUGAUAUAAACAGCUCACGUUGCAUGUUGGGCUUACUAAUUUGUUGCAAGACAAAUUUAUUUGAUAUUGGAUCUAAGAAGUUGAUGAAUGAUUGUCUUAUUUUUAAAGUAGGCUUUGGAAAAACA